CCUUUUCUUUUUUAAACCACAAACACCCACACAAACCUUUAAAAACCACCCAAACCUCCAUAAUUCCGAUCACCGAUGGCCGGAGCAAAACCCUCCGACCACCUAUUCCGACCACCCAUGUUAUCCCUCAAAAGAGGAUCCCGAUACAACGCGUACGCCGCUCUCCGAGAAUCCAAACUCCGGUUAAAAUCGACACCAAACCCCCUUCAAUUACCCCCAAAAGACACCCGAGGAGGAUCGGGUAAUAGUUAUACUACCACCUCACCGGAAAAUAAAGUCAAGAUUCCGGUCAACCGGAGAAAGGCGUUCUCUGUCUUGACUCAAUCUGUCCCGGAUUUUUCUCCUGUGUUGAGGAAGGAGAACCGGAGACCGGCAUUGCCGACGGUUGCGGAGAAGUCUGCGACGCCGCCUGCGAAGAGUUCUUCGAGAUUGUAUGAUGUUGAUGCGAGAUUGAUGGGGAGUAAGUCUGCGGUUUCGAGGGAAAAGAAGAAUGGGGGGAUGUUGAAUGCGAGGAGAAGCUGUGCGAAUAUGGAUGAAUUGAAGAAGUUUUCGGUUUCGGCUGCGAAUGCGAUUAAUGGCGAAAACAGGGGAGGGAGGGGUGGUGGAAACAGGGGAGGAGGAAGAAGUACUGUUUUGGGGUGUAGACAAUACUAUUGAAUAAUUUAAAAAAAAAAUGUUUUUAGUAUUUUAAUUUUUUUGAUUUUUUUUUCUCAAAAUGAGUUUUUCUAUUUUGAUUGGAUUUGUACAAAGGUUAUGUUUGCCUGUGUAAUUGGGAGUGGUAAGAUAAUAUAAUAAAAAUAUAUUCUAUUUUAAUAA